GUCCUCCAACUCGCAAAGAGUAGCCAGAGUCAGAUUUCGUUUCAGACAAACCGCUCCCGAAUCCGAAUGACCGAAUCCGCGUAGCUGACACAUAUACAUUUUCAUUUUCAGUUUGUUUAUCAGCCGACAGUCGAAAUUGACGUUCAAGGUCCAUCAAUGGCAGUCUCGAUCGAAGAAGCCAUUGCUUCUCUAUCUACAUUCUCGCUCGAGGAUGAGCAACCGGAAAUGCAAGGAUCGGGGGUUUUGGUAACUGCUGAAAGUGGCGCUACUAAUAGUCCAAUAGAGUAUACUGAUGUAGCUGCAUACCGAUUAUCUCUAUCCGAAGAUGCAAAGGCUCUCAAUCAACUGAACACCCUUAUCCAAGAAGGCAAGGAGAUGGCGUCAGUCCUGUAUGCAUAUCGCAGUUGUGUCAAAGCUCUUCCUCAGCUUCCUGAUUCAAUGAAGCACAGUCAAUCUGAUUUGUACCUUGAAACAUACCAAGUCCUGGACUUAGAGAUGAGUCGAUUGCGUGAUAUUCAGAGAUGGCAAGCCUCAGCCGCAUCUAGGCUAGCUGCUGAUAUGCAACGAUUUUCUAGGCCUGAGCGGCGCAUUAAUGGCCCGACAAUAACUCAUCUCUGGUCCAUGUUGAGGUUACUUGAUGUCCUUGUGCAACUUGAUCAUCUUAAAAAUGCCAAAGCAAGCAUACCCAAUGACUUCUCGUGGUACAAGAGGACAUUUACACAAGUCAGUGCUCAGUGGCAAGACAUUGAUUCAAUGAGGGAGGAAUUAGAUGAUCUGCAGAUUUUCUUGAGCACUAGGUGGGCUAUCUUGUUGAACCUGCACGUUGAGAUGUUCCGUGUGAACAACGUAGAAGACAUUCUUCAAGUUCUUAUAGUCUUUGCUGUUGAGUCGUUGGAGUUGGAUUUUGCCCUUCUAUUUCCAGAGCGCCACAUUCUUCUACGUGUUUUGCCUGUUCUUGUAGUCUUAGCAACAUCAUCAGAAAAAGAUAGCGAGUCACUAUACAAGAGGGUUAAAAUCAACAGACUGGUCAAUAUUUUCAAGAAUGAUCCUGUUAUUCCUGCAUUCCCGGAUCUCCAUCUUUCUCCCGCUGCAAUCUUGAAAGAAUUGUCAAUUUACUUCCAAAAAUUCUCUGCACAAACUCGUCUUCUCAGCCUUCCAGCACCUCACGAGCUUGCACCGCGGGAGGCACAAGACUAUCAGAGACAUUAUCUGAUUGCCAGUCACAUUGGAGCCAUCCGAGCUGAGCAUGACGAUUUCACAAUACGGUUUGCUUCAUCCUUGAAUCAGUUAUUACUGUUGAAGUCCACAGAUGGUGCAGAUGUUGAAUGGUGCAAAGAAAUCAAGGGAAAUAUGUAUGAUAUGGUGGUUGAAGGUUUCCAGGUCUUAAGCAGAUGGACUGCGCGGAUCUGGGAACAAUGUGCAUGGAAAUUCUCGCGCCCCUGCAAAGAUGCUGUUCCUGAAUUACAUGAAACUGCAGCAGCAUUUUCUGAUUAUGAAAAGGUGGUACGCUACAAUUAUAAUGCAGAGGAAAGGAAAGCAUUGGUUGAACUUGUGAGCUAUGUAAAGAGCAUUGGAUCAAUGAUGCAGCGUUAUGACACAUUGGUAGCUGAGGCUCUAUGGGAAACUAUACAUGCUGAGGUACAAGAUUUUGUCCAGAACACAUUAGCCACUAUGUUGAAGACUACCUUCAGGAAGAAGAAGGACCUAUCAAGGAUUCUUUCUGAUAUGCGGACCCUUUCAGCAGACUGGAUGGCAAACACAAGCAAGCCUGAAUCUGAGUUACAAUCUUUACCACAUGUAGGAGAAGAAAGCAGAGGAAACUUAUUUUAUCCUAGGCCUGUUGCCCCAACCGCUGCACAGAUCCACUGCUUGCAGUUCCUGAUAUAUGAAGUGGUGUCCGGCGGUAAUCUUAGGAAGCCUGGAGGACUUUUUGGCAAUAGCGGCUCAGAGAUUCCUGUUAAUGAUCUAAAGCAGUUGGAAAUCUUCUUUUACAAGCUUGGCUUCUUCCUGCAUAUACUGGACUAUUCAGUGACAAUUGCAACUUUGACAGAUCUUGGCUUCUUAUGGUUUCGAGAAUUUUAUUUGGAGUCUUCUCGUGUUAUUCAGUUUCCUAUAGAAUGCUCCCUUCCCUGGAUGCUGGUGGAUUAUGUGCUUGAGUCACGAAAUGCAGGUCUUCUUGAAAGUGUUCUGAUUCCAUUUGACAUCUAUAAUGAUUCGGCUCAACAUGCAUUGGUUGUACUUAGGCAGCGUUUUCUCUAUGAUGAAAUUGAGGCUGAGGUGGACCACUGUUUUGAUAUAUUGGUUUCCAAACUGUGUGACAUUAGUUUCACAUAUUACAAGAGCUGGGCAUCAAGUGAGCUACUGGAUCCGUCAUUCCUCUUUGCCUUGGACAAUGGAGAAAAUUAUGCUGUCCAACCAAUGAGAUUUGCUGCUCUCUUCCAGAUGACAAGGGUGAAGUUACUUGGGAGGACUAUCAAUUUAAGGAGUUUGAUUGCUGAACGAAUGAACAAAGCCUUCAGAGAGAAUCUUGAGUUCUUGUAUGAUCGUUUUGAGUCUCAAGAUCUAUGUGCCAUAGUGGAAUUAGAGAAGCUGGUUGAUAUUUUAAAGCAUGCCCAUGAAUUACUGUCAAGAGAUCUAUCAAUAGACUCCUUCAGUCUAAUGCUGAAUGAGAUGCAAGAGAACAUAUCGCUUGUGUCAUUUUCUAGUCGACUUGCUUCUCAGAUUUGGUCAGAGAUGCAACGUGACUUUUUGCCCAACUUCAUGCUUUGCAACACAACCCAACGUUUUAUACGAUCAUCAAAAGUUCCUCCCAUACCUGUUCAAAAGCCAUCAGUUCCCCAUGCAAAGCCCAACUUCUAUUGUGGUACUCAAGAUCUGAAUUCUGCACACCAAAGUUUUGCGCAGUUGCAUAGUGGGUUCUUUGGAAUGCCUCACAUGUUUUCUGUUGUUAGACUUCUGGGACCCAGAUCACUACCCUGGCUCAUCCGGGCACUGCUUGAUCAUAUAUCAAACAAGAUAACUAUGAUUGAACCAAUGAUUACGGGGUUGCAAGAGGCACUGCGAAAAUCUGUUGGAUUGCUUCCUUUUGAUGCUGGUGUCUCAGGUUGUAUGAGGCUUGUAAAAGAACAUUUAAACUGGGGAACAAAAUCAGAGCUUAAAGCAGAGGUUCUUCGUGGCAUAAAAGAGAUUGGAAGUGUGUUAUAUUGGAUGGGGCUUCUUGAUAUUGUGUUGAGAGAAGUGGACACCAUGCAUUUCAUGCAAACAGCCCCAUGGCUAGGUUUGUACUCUGGUGCGGAUGGGCAAAUUUCAGAUUUUCAAGAUGGUGGGGAUAGCCCCCUUGUUAACCUUUUUAAAUCAGCAACUGCAGCAGUUGUAUCGAACCCUGGAUGUCGAAAUCCAGCAUCGUUCCACACAAUGUCGAAACAGGCUGAGGCAGCAGAUCUUUUGUACAAGGCCAACAUGAAUACAGGAAGUGUGCUUGAAUAUGCCCUUGCGUUUACAAGUGCGGCACUGGAUAAAUAUUGUAGUAAAUGGAGUGCUGCUCCCAAGACGGGGUUCAUUGACAUUACUACUUCAAAAGAUUUCUACCGCAUCUACAGUGGGCUCCAAAUUGGAUAUCUGGAAGAUUCUGUUCACGCAUCAUUGAAUAGCCAUGAGACGCUGGGUGAUUCAGUUGCUUGGGGUGGUUGUACCAUAAUAUACUUGCUUGGACAACAGCUACAUUUUGAGCUCUUUGAUUUUUCCUAUCAAGUCCUCAAUAUUGCAGAAAUCGAGGGUACAUCAAACACGCAAACACAAAAGAAUAGUAAUCUCGUCCAGGGAUGGGAAGCCUUACUAGAAGCAAUGAAGAAAGCAAGACGGUUGAACAAUCAUGUGUUCUCGAUGCUGAAAGCACGAUGCCCCCUCGAGGACAAGACUGCUUGUGCCAUCAAACAAAGUGGUGCCCCUCUGCAUCGAAUUAAAUUUGAGAACACUGUUUCUGCAUUUGAAACAUUGCCACAAAAAGGUGCCUCAUGAGUCUGGUAGUUUCUACUCCUAUUGCUGUAUUCAUUGCUUCCAUGUCAUGUAACACCUGCCUGUACUGGAUAUUCAUGCUGUAAAAUUUUGUCCUUGUUUUUCCUUGGAACACAUUUAUAUUGAAUUGAAAAAAUGUAAAUCAUUCCCUUUCCCACGCCGAAGAAGAGUUGCUUGUUAUUUUACUGUUCAUACUGUUUGGAUCA